AUGCCGGGAGCCGCAGCCAAUGGCUCGGAGUUGUACGAGAGCAUCGAGAGUUUCGUGGAGGCCCUGAAGCGGGGCGGCGGGCGGCGCAGCUCCGAGGACAUGGCUCGGGAGACCCUGGGGCUGCUGCGCCGGAUCAUUACGGACCACCGCUGGAGCAAUGCAGGGGAGCUGAUGGAACUGAUUCGCCGAGAGGGCCAGAGGAUGACAGCCGCGCAGCCCUCAGAGACCACGGUGGGCAACAUGGUGCGGAGAGUGCUCAGGAUCAUCCGGGAGGAGUAUGGCAGACUCCAUGGACGCAGCGAUGAGAGCGAUCAGCAGGAGUCCUUGCACAAACUCUUGACAUCCGAAGGCCUGAGCGAGGAUUUCAGCUUCCAUUACGCCCAACUCCAGUCCAACAUCAUCGAGGCAAUUAGUGAGCUGCUUGUGGAACUGGAAGGGACAACAGAGAACAUUGCAGCCCAGGCUCUGGAGCACAUCCACUCCAAUGAGGUGAUCAUGACCAUUGGCUUCUCCCGAACAGUAGAAGCCUUCCUCAAAGAGGCGGCCCGAAAGAGGAAAUUCCAUGUCAUUGUGGCAGAAUGUGCUCCUUUCUGUCAGGGUCACGAAAUGGCAGUCAAUUUGUCCAAAGCAGGUAUUGAGACAACUGUCAUGACUGAUGCCGCCAUUUUUGCUGUUAUGUCAAGAGUCAACAAGGUGAUCAUUGGCACAAAGACCAUCCUGGCCAAUGGUGCCCUGAGAGCCGUGACAGGAACUCACACUCUAGCACUGGCAGCAAAACACCAUUCCACCCCGCUCAUCGUUUGUGCUCCCAUGUUCAAGCUUUCCCCACAGUUCCCCAAUGAAGAAGAUUCAUUUCACAAGUUUGUGGCCCCUGAAGAAGUUCUGCCUUUCACAGAAGGGGACAUUCUGGAGAAGGUCAGCGUUCACUGCCCCGUGUUUGACUACGUCCCCCCAGAGCUCAUUACCCUCUUUAUCUCCAACAUUGGUGGGAAUGCGCCUUCCUACAUCUACCGCUUGAUGAGUGAACUCUACCAUCCUGAUGAUCAUGUCCUAUGA